GAUCCACACCUGGCCUCCGCUAGAGGUUUUCUCCGUCCCAAAAAUCGGAGAUUUGUUAAUAAAAUAAAAUUUGGUGGGGUCGGGAAAAUGGGGAAUUCGUACGCGCAUUACGUUUCUCACCCGGACACGACACCGGGGAUCGAUAUAGAGCCGAGUUUUGAUCCUCAGAUCGGUUUUGCGAACGGGAGAAAACCCAGAGUUAUGGUGGCGACUGAGGAGGAAAUGGAGUCCGCUCGUCUUCCUCUAGAGCGUCGAGAUUACUGCGCCCACAUAUUGAUCGAUUAUCAAGCCUGUCGAAAGGACGUCUGGCCCUGGGCUGUGAAAUGUGCUCACAAAAAUCAUGAGUAUUUAAACUGCGAAUACGAUGAUUACGUCAUCAGAAUGAAGGAAUACGAACGUGAACGCAGACUUCUUGAGAGACAAAAAAGAAAGAAGCAGGCAGAAGCAGCCUAGGAUGAAUUAUAGUUGAUCAUGAAUUGAAUCACAAAUAUUUCUGCAAGCGCAGUAGCGAGUAAUAUAUAUAUAUAUAUAAAUACGGUGUUCUGUUUCUUUAUACAUAAACGCAUCGUUGUCGAUCACGUCGUGUACAUACAAUAAAAAAAAUAA